UUCGUUUUUCAUUAAACAAGAAGCGCAAAUGUGAAUAUUGUGAAUAUAUAUAUGUAUAUAUCUAUAUUUUGAUAUCAUGAGUGACAUUAAUAUUUAUUCAUUUCUUUUAAAAUUAUUUCUAAGCAGGAGAUUAUUAAUAAUGAAAGAAAGUAAAUUUUAAAAGAAAAAUACAAUUAUUAAAUAUACAAAUACACGUCAUACCAUAGUCAAGAAAAAAAAUAUAACAAUAAUAAUUAUUCUUCAUCGGCGAAUGUAAAUAAAACAACAAUGAGAGGAAUUUUGGUAUUUGAUCAUCUUAACGAUGUGCUUUUUUCAAAGUGUAAUAAAAAAUUUGUCAGGCACAUUAAAAAAUUGGCUAAAAGUCAAGGUCUUCUCAGUGAAAGUGAAGAUGAAGAGGAAUCGGAGGAUUCACCAAGUGCAAACAUUGUCAUGCAAUUAUUUUCUCCGAUUGUGACAUCGCAACAUAUAAUGGCAUCACAAUUUGGAAAUUCUUACACGUCAAUGAAAUGCGAAGACGGGACAAAUAUGGUUUUUGAUGAAUUUAUGGGGAACACAUUUAUUUAUAUUUCUACCAAAGAAAUAGAUCUAAUGAAGAGGACAUUGGGAAUUUGUAUAUCUAUCAUAAGACUCAUUUGCGGACCUGAUGUUUCUUCACUAAAAUCGAGUAUACAAAAGGCAAAUCUCGUAUCAUCACUUUUGGACGCUUGGAUGCAUUUACGAGAAAUUGAACAGAGUUUUUUAACUGAGGCUGUGGAACAAUUAUCAGUGAAUAUUGAUUUAGCAUCAUCGACUCUUAAAGUAUUAACUGACGCGGCGGAUAAACUUAAAGCGCAAUUAGAAUUUUCUAACGUUCAUCUUUUAAUAUUGGUGGAACAAAAAUUUGUAUCAUUAUUCUCAAGUAAAAAUGCUCAAGACUUAAAUCCCUGCGAUAUUUUAAUGAUGAUUCUAAUGUGUUAUGUGGCAAAUAAAAGUGAAUCGCCGGCAGAAAAUAAGGAAACACAAGAGAGGGACAUUUUAUUACGACCAAAUAGCUCAAUUCCAAAAAAUGAGGAUCUCACAUCAAGUUCAUCGUCACUCCUAUCGAAUCCCACAUCCGAAGAUAUUCAAAAUCUAUUCGGAGAAUCAAGAUAUUCAUCGAUAAGUGAAGGACUUUAUACCUUCGCCGAAGACGGUUUGUACAGUCAAUUAGUUUUACUUGGAUCAGAUGAAAAUUUCACAGCGAAUGCAAUUCAUAUUUCAAAAUUAUCGGAAGGUAUUAAUUUAGUGACAAUUGUUGAGGUAAUGAAUUCGGGAAUUUCCUGUGGAUUGUAUAAUAGUUUUUAUCAUUUAAAUAUCAUUAAUAAGUUACAAUUACAAAGGGAUAUGGAUGAUCUGAGAUCGGCUGUGGAAAAUUUAGAGACAUCCAUUAAAAAGACAAUAGACGGGAUCAAGAAGCAUCGAGCAUACAUAAACAACGACAUAGACAUGUGUCAAAGACGUUUACAAGUGAAAUGGGAAUUUGUCCGCAAAAAGUAUAUAGAUCUUUUUAAAUCAAGAGAUCCAGAUUUCAUUAUUCAGAUCGAGUCAAAUAUGUCAGGUUUCAUUGAGACAAUGAAGGAACUCUUUCGAUUGACAUGUUUCGAUAGGAAUUUAUUGCGACAGGGUUUUGACGUGAUAACAACCGUCAGUCGACUCGUCAGUCAAAAACUCAAUGAUUUCAGUGAUUUUCUCAAAGUUAAGGCACUCAAGAAUUUUAGUCUCGGAUCGAGAACUUCCCUAACCAUCAACAAAUAUUUGGAAGAAUUUCCCGGACUGGUCCAUUUUAUUUACAUCGAUCGAACUAAUCACCGACUAACAGCUCCGACUGUUGAUUUUACAAAUUCAGAAACUCUACAACUCACAACUACAAAGAUAUGGACAAUGAUUGAAGAAAGCAGGAUUCAUUUACAAGAAGGUCAUAUGUCUGUAAUGUGGAAAGACACGACUUUUAAUUAUGCCUACUUUUUAUGGUUUGAAGACAGUUCGGGUACACCACUUAAAAAUAAAGAAUAUGUUAAUCACAUGAUUUCGAAUUUCGGUGUUCCUGGAAUACUCUGCGGAGAUUAUUACAGAAAAAUAGCGAGUGCUUAUUUUCCAAAAGUAUCGCCAAAUAGAAUGAGGAUUUAUGAACUUUAUUGUGUUCAUCUUGGAUUGGCAACUGCGUCUUGUGUUUUGGAACAUUCGAGACGUUUAGCGGCAACAAUUUGGGAAGUUACUGGUUUACCAAAUAAUCCCGUGGAUAUUAUUUAAAUUUUUUUUUUAAUUAUAGUGAUCUGGUUUCAGUGCAAAUUAUUGCGACGAAGAAAAAGAC